UGUCGCGAGAUAACGGAGCCUCGGAAGGGUGUAGGAGGCACGAUGAGGUGGCAUCCCUUACCAGUAGAGGCUCUGUCAGCCGGUGCCCAGUAAUAUGGCGCCGCCGCCCGACGGAUCCCUGUAACGUUUGUAUGAGUGUAUGAGGCCGGAGCUUCUCAUGGGCUGAAGGACCCUCAGGAGCAGUAGCCCCCAGAUAUAUGUCAGUGCAGGAGAUGUAUGCAGCCAAACGCUUCUCCUGACACGUGGCUUACUUGCCAAAAUUUCUUUGACUUUAGUGGGAGUGCUUUCUUACCAUUGAUUGGCUGCUUCAAGCAACCAAUUAGUGGCACACAAACAAGACCAUGCAGAAGAUGUUCUACUGCAGCCCUGAAGCUGCCACGUCUUCUAAAGGUAAACACAAGGACCAGUGGAAUAUGAGUGAUGACAAACCAUUUGUAUGCACUGCCCCUGGAUGUGGCCAGCGAUUUACCAAUGAAGAUCAUUUGGCUGUACAUAAACAUAAACAUGAGAUGACACUUAAGUUUGGGCCGGCUCGGAAUGACAGUGUAAUAGUUGCAGAUCAGACUCCAACGCCAACUCGAUUUCUAAAGAACUGUGAAGAAGUAGGCCUGUUUAACGAGCUUGCGAGUCCUUUUGAAAAUGACUUUAAGAAAGCUUCUGAUGAUGACAUUAAGAAGAUGCCCCUAGAUUUGUCCCCGCUCGCGACACCUGUUAUAAGAAGCAAAAUUGAAGAACCAGCCAUAGUAGAAACAACUCAUCAAGACAGCCCAUUACCUCAUCCCGAGUCUACCACAAGUGACGAAAAGGAAGUGGUAUUGCCGGCCGCACAGCCCACAUCUACCAUAGUUCGACCUGCAUCGCUUCAGGUUCCUAACGUGCUGCUUACAAACUCAGAUUCAAGUGUCAUUAUUCAACCAGCUAUACCUUCACCAACGUCCAGCACUGUCAUCACCCAAGCUCCGUCUUCUAACAGACCGAUAGUACCAGUUCCAGCUCCUUUUCCUCUAUUGUUACAUCUACCUAAUGGACAAACCAUGCCUGUUGCUAUUCCUGCCUCAAUCACAAAUUCCAAUGUACACAUACCUGCUUCAGUCCCAAUUGUCAGACCAGUCACCGUAGUGCCUACAAUCCCAGGGAUCCCGGGGCCUUCAUCCCCACAGCCUGUGCAGUCGGAGGCAAAACUGAGACUUAAAGCUGCUUUGACCCAGCAGCAUCCUCAGGUAACAAAUGGUGAUACUGGGAAGGGACAGGCGGCCAGUGGAACAGCGAGGGCUCAGCCAGAAGAAGCUCAUCCGCAGUCGUUACAGCAGCCGGCCACAUCCACCAGUGAAACCCCGGCUUCACCAGCUCCCCCCGCUCCACAAAGUCAAAGCACAGGGGGGCGCCGGAGGAAAGCAGCAAGCGAUGACCCAGAUGAAAAGCGAAGAAAAUUUUUAGAACGUAACCGAGCAGCUGCCUCACGAUGCAGACAGAAGAGGAAAGUUUGGGUACAGUCUUUAGAGAAGAAAGCAGAGGAUCUGAGUUCAUUUAACGUGCAGCUACAGAAUGAAGUCACCCUGCUGAGAAACGAAGUGGCGCAACUGAAACAGCUUCUUCUGGCUCAUAAAGAUUGCCCUGUAACCGCCAUGCAGAAGAAAUCUGGCUAUCAUAAUGCGGAGAAAGACGAAAGCUCAGAAGACAUUUCAAUGCCCAGCAGUCCACAGACCGAGGCGAUCCAACACAGUUCAGUCAGCACUUCCAAUGGAGUCAGCUCCACUUCCGUGGCCGAAGCAAUCGCAACAUCGGUCCUCACCCAGAUGGCCGACCAGAGUUCGGAACCAGCUGUGGUUGUUGUGGCUGCACCUUCUGCCCAGUCAUCAGGAAGUUGAUUGACAACAUCUCUGACACAUCAGGGUUUAGUAACAAUCGUUGACUCUGAAAGGAAGACCAUCAAGCGGCCAGUCUUUAAUUUGGGGAUGAAAGUAGCUUUUGUUUUUUAAAUGCUAGUUUACCAUGGAAUAUGUUCAAUACUUGUUCAAGAUUGUUUUUAAUCAUCUUAAUAUUGCUGCAAUUCAAUUAUCAUUAUAUAUAUAAUAUAUACACACUACUGUUCAAAAGUUUUGGGUCACUUAGCUGUUUUCAUGGAAAACAAGGAAAUUUCUAGCUGCGCUAACAAUGUUGCAAAUAGAUUUUCUAAUGAUCAAUUAGCCUUUUAAGCUUAAAUUUGGAUAGGCGAACACAAUGUGCCAUUGGAACACAGGAGUGAUGGUUGUUGAUAAAGGGCAUCUGUUCCCCUAUAAAGAAAUUCCAUUAAAAAUCAGCCG